UUAAAUACAACUUUUUAAAAUAAUCCCGGCGCAGUAUCGAACUAUUACUCAAGGAUAAUGAAUCCACAACUAUUGAUCUCCGUUACCGUGCUCUCCCUGCUGCUCUGGACGAAGCAAUGCUUCUCCAGGCCCAACAAGGUGUUUGUGCCCAAGCACCACUGCAACAUGGGCAUGCUCUGCAACACCACGAAGAAUUACCCCGAACAAGAAAUCCAGAGGUUAGUGGAGCGGAACAAGAAGAAGUUCGCUCCUCUGUCGGGGUCGGUGAUCGAACCCGCCGAUCAGCUAGUGCCUCAAAUCAGAAAUUCCGUAGAGGAGUACGAGGAGAUGAACAUGUGCAGGACAAAAAGGGUGACGGUAAUGCCCAAGACAGGGUUCGAUGUGAAUAUGAAGUUGAGAUAUAUAGUUAACGUUCAGGGAUUUGAGCAGGUCCUGACAUACGAGACUUGUGUGGACGCGUCGAGCGAGUGUUUUGGGAACGAACUCCUUCCCAAUGAUUUCAAGACGUUUUGCAAACAAACUUACAACAUAGUGCGGCUAGUGUCAAUCAACAACUCUGGAAAAUUGGAAUACGGACGAUUCACCGUGCCUAGCAGCUGUGUCUGCUCUUACAGGAGGGACAACAGAUUUAUCUGAAGGUCUCAGAUCGACUUCAUGUUAUGACUGUUUGAAUUCCAUAAGACUUACUAAUUUAUUAUGUAUUUAUUAUAUAUUUAUUUAUUUAUUUUCAUAUAUUCUACGUAUAGAUCUUUGCUGAUUUAAAUUGUGAUUGCAUUUUUUAAAGGUAUUUUGUUAUCUAGUUGUAAUUUUUUAAUAU